CGCAACUGUAAUGGAAAUUUCCACUGGAGAACCUUCUUUCUUCGUCGUCUCUUAGAUAGGUGUACGAACCGAUGGAGGAAAGUCUCGGAUAGAGGAGGAUACCUGCUGCUUCAUCAUUCGAUAUAUCGUCGUCCAUUCGCCUUGAGAUAUUAAACUGUCUACAGAUCUCGACGAGACUCUCCGAAAGACGAGCCAUUAAACAUAUUGUUUAAAGACGCAAGAAUAAAAUAAGACUAGGCAUACGUCCGCUAGACGAUUAGACGACUAGACAGUCACAAGAACCUGGCUGAACCAUGGAGACCUGUAUGGCUGCCACCUGCGCAGCUGCGACGAGCGGACCCACCGCGUCGAUCUUCCUGCAGUUGAUGCAAACGCUUUUGGCGGCGCAGUGCAGCCUCGGCAGCGACAAGGAUUAUCCGGCCGACCGCUCGGACGAGGUCGCAGGAUCCGACAUCGAAUUCGACUUUGUGAUCGUAGGUGCCGGAAGUGCCGGGGCCGUGGUGGGCCGUCGUUUAGCCGAGAUCGACGACUGGAAGGUGCUGCUGAUCGAGGCCGGUAACAAUCCUUCGGCCGUCAGUGACGUCCCCGCGAUAUUUUUGCACAUACAAGGAACGCCGGAGGAUUAUGCGUAUGUCGUCGAGCCCGAGAAGUUCGCUUGCCACGGCACGACCACCGGCUUGUGCACUUGGUCCAAGGGCAAAGCCCUCGGCGGCAGCUCCACGACAAACGCCAUGCUUUACGUUCGGGGCAACGAGCAGGACUACAACGAAUGGUACCGGAUGGGCAACGAGGGCUGGAGCUAUGAAGACGUGCUGCCGUACUUCAGGAAAUCUCAAAACUGCCAGGAUCCACAUCGCGACUGCACCGAGCAAGGGCCGCUCAGUGUUAGAUAUUUCAACUACACCAGAAACCCAGGAUAUGAUAUAUUGAAGGAGGCCUUACGCGAGUUCAACGUACCUGUUCUAGAUGCCAUAAACGCCGGCAAGUUCAUCGGGUUCGGUGACACUCAAAGCACUGCGAACAAUGGCCGCAGGAUGAACACGGCGAGGGCUUUCUUGUCGCCGAUCAAAGACAAGAGAAAUCUCUACGUGAUGAAGUCCACGCGAGCCGACGCCGUUCUCCUGGAUGGGACUCGAGCGGUCGGAGUACGCAUGACCUUGAAAGACGGCAGAUCGAUCGACGUUAAAGCGUCGAGGGAGGUGAUCCUCUCGGCCGGUAGUAUCGCCAGUCCCCAACUGCUGAUGCUCUCCGGUAUCGGACCCAAGCAACAUUUACGCGAGAUGGGGAUAAGCAGUGUCGUCGAUCUACCGGUCGGUAAGAAUCUUCAGGAUCACAUCACGUACUUCGGCAUACACGUGGCGUACGAAAAUCCGAACGUUCAGCCACAGUCGCCUAUGUUCUUGUUAGACGAGGCUUAUCAGUAUCUGAUGUACAAUCGAGGUUUAUUCGCAUCUGUCGAGUAUGACAUGCAGGGCUUCGUCAAUGUGACCGAUCCGAACGCCAAGUAUCCCGACAUCCAGUUCCAUCACGCUUUCGCAUCGUAUAGGUCGGACGUACUUUUGAAGGACUUUUUGCUGAGAUUAUACAUCCAUGAGGAUAUAGUGAACGCUAUAACAGAUAUCUUGAAGGACAAAAGCUUGAUAUGUCCCGUGCCAAGCCUGUUGAAGCCGAAGAGCCGGGGCGAAUUACGGCUACGUAGCCAAAAUCCGGCAGAUCCCGUCAGGAUCUACGCCAAUUACUAUACCGAGAAGGAAGACAUGGAAACGAUAUUGAGAUCCGUGCGCUUUAUUGAGAAGCUGCUGAAGACGAAGGUAUUCAAGCGGUACGGCGCGAAGCUGCAUCACCUGGACAUCCCAGGUUGCCGACACACCGAACCCAACUCCGAGGAUUACUGGAGGUGCAGCAUACGGCACAUGUCAAUGACGCUUUUUCACUACGUUGGCACGGCCAAAAUGGGUCCUAAGGACGACCCUACGGCCGUCGUGGAUUCUCGGCUAAGAGUCCACGGAGUGCAGGGGUUGAGGGUCAUCGAUGCGUCUAUCAUGCCAACAGUCACCAGCGGAAACACGAACGUACCUACCAUAAUGAUAGGUGAAAAAGGCUCCGAUAUGAUCAAGGAGGAUUGGAGCGUCGCGAACGUUAAAGACGAGUUGUAGGAGGGGAAAAGACUGCUUCUGGGUUGCGUCUGCUUUGUCGUGUAACUCCAGAAUGUAGAAAAGUUUGAACAUUUAUAUUAGCCUUUAAGUCGAAUAAUUCGAACCACGGGGGUCAGGAUUAAGAUUUGAGGUAUUCCGCGAUUCCAAAAAAUCCGGAAGAAUACUUGUGGGUGGGGGUUGUGGGGACUUUGUUACUUGGUAAUUAUUUACAUUUGACAUUACUGUUGACGUGCCAUCGCAUCAUGUGUAGCAUAUGUCUCAUACUGCGUAAUCUAUAUUUCACGCAUCGCAUUCCGUUUUGUGCGGUGAGAAGACAACGAUGAUGCUAUUAUUUCAUCCACUCUAGCUUGCGCUCUAUGAUAUAUAUAUAUAUACCUGCAUAAACAUGCAUGAAAACUACAUAAUAAACAAUUAUAGUUUACCUUUGACUAA